AUGAAACUAGAUUCAGUAUCUGAAACGAAUGAUACGAUACAUCAUUGUGAGAACAAUAACAAUAACAUACAGUACUAUACAACAGCAAUUGGUUGUGUGAAAUAUGGCAAAAAGCAUAAGGAAGGCGAAAAAUUUGCAAGAAAUCAUUUACGUUAUGAAUGUAAAAAUGGAAUGGUUGAUAUUAUUGGUUGUUAUAUGGAUGAAAUAGGACAGAAUAUUGAAAUUGGCGAUAUUAUUGUUGAAAAACAUAUGCUAUAUAAAUGCUCUUUUGAAAGUGGUGAAGUAAAAUAUGAACAAUAUCCUUGUGGAUUGAAUGGUACACCAUCGUGUGAAAUUUCACAAAGACAACAAGGACCAAUUAAAAAGCCAACAAUAUCUAAACUUAGUCCAAGCUUUGGAGCACUUAGUAUUGCGCAGGUAAAGACUUUAAUUUAA